AUGCUCCACUCUUCACUAACACUCCUCUUCACCCUCCUCUUUUCCCUCGCCACCGCCGACCCGAACGACGUCAAAAUCCUGCGUCAAUUUCGGAACGGGUUGGACAACCCGGACCUGUUGCCUUGGCCGGACAGCGGCGAUGAUCCAUGUGGAUGGAAGUACAUUUUCUGCGACAGUAACAACCGCGUGAACCAGAUUCAGGCGAAGGGGUUAAACCUGAGCGGUCCUCUGCCGCGGAACCUGAACCAGCUCACGAAUCUCUUCAACGUGGGCCUCCAGAACAAUAGGCUGAACGGCCCAUUACCCUCCUUCAGCGGCCUGUCAAAUCUGAAAUACUUGUACCUUGACAACAAUAACUUCGACUCCAUCCCCUCAGAUUUCUUUGACGGGCUUCAGAGCUUGGAAGUACUCGCGUUGGACAACAAUAACCUCAACGCUAGCUCCGGCGGGUGGCACUUACCGCAAACUCUCCAGGGGUCAACGCAGUUGACCAAUUUCUCCUGUAUGGGCUGCAACCUCGCCGGCCCAUUACCUGAGUUUCUCGGAACGAUGAACUCGCUGUCGUUUUUGAAGCUCUCCAACAACAACUUAACGGGUGAGGUUCCGCUGAGUCUAAACGGCUCGGCGUCGUUGCAGGUUCUGUGGCUGAAUAACCAGCAGGGGGAGCGUCUUACUGGAAGAAUUGACGUUGUGGCUUCGAUGGUUUCGCUCACCAGUUUGUGGCUUCAUGGGAACUUGUUCACUGGAACGAUUCCCGACAACAUUGGGGAUUUGAGCUCUCUGCGGGAUCUUAACCUUAAUGUGAACAACCUCGUCGGGUUGGUUCCUCAAGGUUUGGGUGACUUGAAGCUGGACAAGCUGGACUUGAAUAACAACCAUUUUAUGGGUCCGAUUCCGAAUUUUAAAGCGGCUCAUGUGUCGUAUGAUUAUAACGAUUUUUGUGUGAACAAAUCAGGGGUUCCUUGCGCGUUUGAGGUGACGGCGCUGUUGGAGUUUCUUGGGGGAUUGAAUUAUCCUGAGAAUUUGGUUGAUUCGUGGAGUGGGAAUGAUCCUUGUGGGGGGCAUUGGUUGGGGAUAAAGUGUAAUGAUGAUGGAAAGGUGAAUAUGAUUAAUUUACCUAAUUUGAAUGUUAGUGGGAGUUUAAGUCCUUCUGUUGCAAAUUUGGGUUCUCUUGUUGAGAUUAGGUUAGGGGGGAAUGAUAUUAGUGGUGCGGUGCCCGGUAAUUGGAGUAGUUUGACAUCUUUGAAAUUGUUAGAUCUGAGUGGGAAUAACAUUUCUCCUCCACUGCCUGUGUUUAAGACUGGAUUGAAACCUAUUGUUACUGGGAAUCCUCUGUUCAACGGCGGUGCUGAAAAUCCUUCAUCAGGGAGCAAGAACCCAUCAUCUGGAUCAGGGAAUGUUGACCCUUCAUCGGGUCAGUCCAAUUCUAGUUCGAGUGAUUCUCGUGAACCUAAGAAAUUCAAAAGGAAAGAAUUGGUUUCCAUUGUUGCUCCGAUUGCGGGUGUGGCAGCUGCGGCUUUUCUGCUCAUUCCACUCUAUGCAUAUUGUUUCAAGAGGAGGAAGGGCGGUUUCCAAGCUCCAGCUUCACUGGUAAUUCACCCUAGAGAUCCAUCGGAUUCGGACAGUGCUGUGAAGAUUGCUGUUGCUAAUAAUACAUAUGGAAGCAUUUCCACUUUGACAGGGAGUGGUUCUGGGAGUAGGAAUAGCAGUGGAAUUGGGGAGUCUCAUGUCAUUGAAGCUGGAAAUCUUAGAAUAUCGGUUCAAGUUCUCAGGAAUGUGACCAAGAAUUUUGCGCCCGAGAAUGAGCUUGGCCGUGGUGGAUUUGGAGUUGUUUAUAAGGGAGAGUUGGAUGAUGGAACUAAAAUUGCAGUGAAACGAAUGGAAGCUGGUGUGAUUAGUAGCAAGGCAUUGGAUGAAUUUCAAGCCGAGAUUGCAGUUCUAUCGAAAGUCCGGCACCGGCAUCUGGUGUCUCUAUUGGGUUUUUCUAUUGAAGGUAAUGAAAGGAUUCUAGUGUAUGAGUAUAUGCCACAAGGGGCCCUAAGUAAGCAUCUUUUCCAUUGGAAAAGCCUUGAACUGGAGCCACUCUCUUGGAAGAGGAGGCUCAAUAUUGCAUUGGAUGUUGCCCGAGGGAUGGAGUAUCUUCAUACUCUGGCUCACCAGAGCUUCAUUCACAGAGAUCUUAAGCCGUCAAAUAUCUUGCUUGCUGAUGAUUUCAGAGCAAAGGUCUCAGAUUUUGGAUUGGUAAAACUUGCUCCUGAAGGCGAAAAAUCUGUAGUGACCAGGCUUGCGGGGACUUUCGGAUAUUUGGCCCCAGAAUAUGCAGUGACAGGAAAAAUCACCACGAAAGCAGAUGUUUUUAGUUUCGGGGUUGUACUAAUGGAGCUGUUGACUGGACUAAUGGCACUUGAUGAGGAAAGACCCGAGGAAAGCCAAUACUUAGCAGCAUGGUUCUGGUAUAUAAAAUCAGAUAAGAAGAAACUAAUGGCUGCUAUUGACCCAGUCCUUGAUGUUAAGGAAGAAACAUUUGAGAGCAUCUCCAUCAUUGCUGAGUUAGCUGGGCACUGCACUGCCAGAGAACCAAGCCAACGGCCAGAGAUGGGUCAUGCCGUGAAUGUGCUGGCACCGCUUGUUGAGCAAUGGAAACCCUUUCAUGAUGACACUGAGGAGUAUUCCGGGAUCGAUUAUAGCCUUCCCCUUAACCAGAUGGUGAAGGGAUGGCAAGAGGCAGAAGGAAAGGACUUGAGUUAUAUGGACCUAGAAGACAGUAAGAGCAGUAUCCCCGCGAGGCCUACUGGAUUUGCAGAUUCUUUUACUUCAGCCGAUGGCCGGUGA